AUGGAGUACUCAACUCUUUUCGAUGAAACAGGCGAAAACUUUGGGGAUAAAACACUGGAGGAUAAGCUUUUUGAAUACGAAGUUCACUUAAAUGUGGACGCUUUCCUGAAGCAAUUCCACUUCGGCAUAUUCUACUCCCUUCUGAAACUGAAAGAGCAGGAGAUGCGCAACAUUGUGUGGAUCGCAGAGUGUGUUUCGCAACGACAACUCACCAAAAUCGAUUCGUACAUCAAUAUAUUAUAGAUUUCUCAGCUUGCAUCCAACUCUUUUCCCCUUUUCGCUGUCGUCGAUUCCACAGGGAAUCUCUCCCUUCGAUGAACUCUUCUACUAAGCAUAAUUUACCUUCUAAAUUCCCCAUGUCGCCCUCACUUUUGUUACUUACUGUGAUGAUAUCUGGUUUCUUCUCUAUGCCAACACGACGCAUUCCACGAUUCCACAUUUACUGUAUUAUUCUCUUGUUGUCUACUACUUACAAAUAUGCCAUACUUUACAUUGCCUUCUCUACUUGAUGACUUUGGUGUAUCCUCUCCGGGGCACUCUGAUAUGCGUAUGCUUUGCAAGAGCGUAUUAUUUGUUAUUUUGUAGUACUGUUGAGAUUUAUGAGGAUUCGGACAAGUAUUCCUCAUGUCUUGCCUACGCACUAGAUCCGUUGUCUAAUCAC